UUUCAGUGUCAAAAGGCAUAUUUUGAAUGUGUUGUCUGUGGACAAGUAUAUUUUAUUUUUUGCAAAUGAUUAUUAACAAUGAAUAGAAAUAUAAUACACCUUUGGACAUGGGUCACUAUGGUCCUGCUAACUAUCAUCACAAACAGCAGUGACACAAAUUUGGUAACAGCUACUGUUAAUGAUCCCUGCAAUGACUACACUGCUCUGGAUCAACCCUGGAGAGCCACUAAUGAAACUAGACUGUGGAUCUGUGACAGAAACUUCAACUGGAAUGGCUGGUACCGGAUGCUGUAUUAUGGGAUGAGUGUCCGUAUGACAGAGAGCUGUGUUAAUCUGUACACAUGUGGCACUGAUUACACUCUGUGGCUGAAUGGUCUUCAUCCUCAGAUAGCAGAUGGAAUAGUCACUCGUGGAGUCUAUGGGAGUUAUGUAGGUAACUGCUAUUACUGGUCCAUGUCAAUUCGAGUCAAAGCAUGCCCAGGAAACUAUUAUGUCUAUGAGUUUGUGAGGCCAAACGUCUGCAAUGCAGCUUACUGUGCAGAUGUGAACACCAUCACUCCAACCACCACCCCGGCGACUGUGACCAGUGCAGCAGCUACAACAAUAAACAUCACUUCUGACCCCUGCAAUGUCUCCAGUGUUCUUGAUAAUGCCUGGAGAUCAGUCUCCACCGGCAUCAGUGGUUAUGAUGAUACGCUUCUUGAAUGGAACGGCUGGUAUCGUCUGUAUCUUCAGGGAAGCAGUGCUCAGAUGCCUGAAUGGGUUUUUUAUUCAGGUUAUGUGUCCUGUGGUGGUUACACUGGACUUUUGCUUGGAGGACCUCAUCCACUCCUGAAGGACGGCAUCGUCACCCGAGAAGUUUAUGGAUCGAAUCCUCAAUACAAUUCCUACAGAUCAAACCCAAUCCAAGUCAAAGCCUGUCCAGGAAAUUACUACGUCUACAGACUUGUCAAGCCAGCUGUGUCAAUCCCAAUGCCCACAUACUGUGCAGUUGCUUUCAGCACUCCUAUUUAUGAUCCCUGUAAUAACUACAUUUCUCUGGAUCAACCCUGGAGAGCAACUAAUUCAACUGGACUGUGGAUCUGUGACAGCUACUUCAACUGGAAUGGCUGGUAUCGGCUGCUGUGUAACGGGAUGAGUGUCCGUGUGCCAGAGAGCUGUGUUGAUGUAUCCAGAUGUGGUACUGGUAUCACUCUGUGGCUGAAUGGAUCUCACCCUCAGAUAGAGGAUGGAAUAGUCACUCGUGGAGUCUGUGGGAAUUCAGGAAGUGACUGCUGUUACUACAAAUCCACCCCAAUUCGAGUCAAAGCAUGUCCAGGAAACUAUUAUGUCUAUGAGUUUGUCAGGCCAAACGUCUGCAAUUCGGCUUACUGUGCAGAUAUUACUGGUGCAACUCCUGCUGUGCAGACAACAGCAGCUACAACAAUAAACAUCACUUCUGACCCCUGCAAUGUCUCCAGUGUUCUUGAUAAUCCCUGGAGAUCAGUCUCCACCGGCUACAGUGGUUAUGAUGAUACGCUUCUUGAAUGGAAUGGCUGGUAUCAUCUGUAUCUUCAGGGAAGAAGUGCUCAGAUGCCUGAAUGGGUUUUUUAUUCAGGUUAUGUGAGAUGUGGUGGUUACUCUUCACUUCUGCUUGGAGGACCUCAUCCACUCCUGAAGGACGGCAUCGUCACCCGAGAAGUCUAUGGAUCGAAUCCUCAAUACAAUUCCUACAGAUCAAACUCAAUCCAAGUCAAAGCCUGUCCAGGAAAUCACUACGUCUACAGACUCGUCAAGCCAGCUGUAUCAAUCCCAAUUCCCACAUACUGUGCAGUUGCUUUCAACACUCCCAGUUAUGAUCCCUGCAAUAGCUACACAUCUCUGGAUCAACCCUGGAGAGGCACUAAUGAGACUGGAGGGUUCUACUGUGACAACAACUUCAACUCGAAUGGCUGGUAUCGGCUGCUGUAUAAUGGGAUGAGUGUCCGUAUGGCAGAGAGCUGUGUUAAUCGAUCCAGAUGUGGAACUGAUGUUGCUCUGUGGCUGAAUGGUCCUCACCCUAAGAUAGAGGAUGGAAUAGUCACUCGUGGGGUCUGUGGAAGUUCAGGAAGUGACUGCUGUUACUUUAGAUCCAACCCAGUUCGAGUCAAAGCAUGUCCAGGAACUUAUUACGUCUAUGAGUUUGUCGGUCCAAACGUCUGCAAUUCAGCUUACUGUGCAGAUAUUACUAGUUCAACACCUGCUGCUGAGACACCAGUGCCAAAUAUUACAGUAUCUACAGAAUGCAAGGACAAUUUCACACCAAAAUGUGGAGAAGAUCUGUUUAACCAACUUGAGAACAUCACUGCUCAAGUGCUCCCACCACAAGUAGUAGUAAAGUAUUUAGAUAUGGUGCUGAAUACCCAGGAGCAGCUUCUAAAGGUUGAAACAGCAAGUCCAGAGAAAAUGGCAUCUUAUGGGAACACAGUGCUGAAUAGGACUGAGAAACUGGUGUCUACACUGGUGAAGCCAACAGAGACCACUGACUCAGUUAACAUCUCUCGCAAUGGCUUAGACAUUCAAGUCUUUUCAGUUGGACCAAAAGCUUCCUUAAAUGAAAUCCCUCAACUGAGGAUAAACAGCACUCAGAUGGACAUCGACCUCAUCCACAUUUCAAAGAAUAAUGAUGGAUCAGCUGCUGCAGCUUUCAUGAGCUUCUCUAGCAUGGCGAGCAUGCUGAAACCCAGUUUCUUUAACACAACUAACAACACGGUAAAAACCAUGAUGUCCAUUGUGGUGUCAGCAACACUGCCCAAAACCACCAACACGCAGCUCUCAAGACCGGUCAACUUCACCCUGGAACACAUUGAGGAAAUUGAUCCUAAUGGUACACUUUCCUGUGUGUACUGGAAUAACACUGUAUGGGUUGAAGAUGGGUGUUCCCUUCUCCAGACCAACAGCAGCCACACUGUGUGCUCCUGCAUUCAUCUGUCAACCUUCGCUCUCAUCAUGCAGACCAACCCAGACCAAGCCUUAGAUGAUAGUGACCCUCUCUUGGAGCUGCUCAACACGGUGGCUGUGGCAGUGGGGCUGUUUUUCCUGAGUUUGUCUCUGUUGACCUUUGCCCUUUGUUGUCGAAACAUGAGAGUUAACCUCGCUCCACUGAUAAACCUGUGCAUCAGCCUGUUUCUGGCUCACCUCCUCUUCCUUCUCACACAGACAUUCCUGCAGUACAUACAGACUAAUCAGCUGCUGUGUGCAGCAAUGGCAGGUGUUCUGCAUUUCCUUUUUCUCUCAGCUUUUGUGUGGAUGUUCUUUGAAGCUGUUCUUCUCUUGAUUUCUGUGAAGAACCUCACAAAGAUCAGAUCAAAGCAGAAGGAUGUGCUCGGCUGGAAAUGUUUGAUUGUGAUUGGAUAUGUUAUUCCUCUGAUUGUGGUGGGAGUGUCUGUUGGACUGUUUCCUGAUGGAUACGGCAGUGAACAAUGUUGGAUUAAGACAGACAGGGACUUUGUCUGGAGUUUUCUGGGUCCCGUAUGUUUUAUUAUUAUAUUCAACUUGAUCUUCUUCAUCGUGAUCAUCAUCACUCUGAGAAAAACUGUGGCAGGACUGAACUGUGAAUUUUCCCAAGUGAAACAAAUGAGAAUUCUUGCCUUUAAAACACUGAUCCAGAUUGUCAUCCUCGGUUGUCCCUGGAUCCUGGGUUUUUUCAUAAAUGGCAGUAAGGUGCUGAUGAUUGUCUUCCUGUUCCUCAACUCCCAGCAGGGCACCUUCAUCUUCCUGGUCCACUGUGUCCUCAACCAAGAGGUCAGAAAGCAGUACAGGAAGUGGCUGAACACACUUUGCUGCUGCUUCAAACCCUCAGCAUUGAGAGAUGUGAUGGAAAACCCGACAUCUACACACUAA